CAGGUAGACCACAUCUGGGAAUAGGUAAGUCCACGACGUUUUCAAUACUAUUUGCUGUUAUCAUGAUGCAUUAUUCUAUAAGUGAACUACACGACACUGAUAUUCAAUCAUGUAAUUUCUUCUUAUUUGAGGAAGGAGAUUUGUCCCUCACUGUAUUCUCCUUGAUGGUCAGAGAUAGUCGGUGAGAUGCAUGUGUGGUCGUUUCACUGUCAAGUGGUGUUGACAAUGAGAAUACACACUGUUGAAAUGUGAUCUUCCCUGUGAUGUUUACUCACAAUAUGCUCACAGAUCAAUGAAUGUAAGCGCAGUCAAUUCAACAUGGAAAUGUGUGUGAUAUGCACUCAACUCAAAACAUCCAUUGAAAGCACACACAACAGACUCGAACAAUUGAUGAAAUACUCAAUAAUGUGCCACACUGAAACAUUGACUGUGUACAAGUCGGUCUGUUGUAGUAUCUGAGGCAAAGGAGAUUCCACAUUUACAAUCAAUCCACUUGCACAUGAAUUCACUCACAUGCACACAUGAAAAGCCAUGUAACAUGAAUUCAUCAAGGAAUCGCCACAGUCUACACGGGAAUCAGUUUUCUCAAUGAUUUUAUUCUCAUCACGAUAUCUAGUGGUGACUGUUUAUUUGUCUCUCAGAUUUGAACUUCUACAUCAUGCAGUGAGUUACCAUGAUCAAUGUGAUUUCUCGUAUUCAUAAAUGAGGCAUGUACUAUCUCCUUGUAUGUUACUGCACAUGCAGAGUUAUUGUUUCGUUUGUAUUCCGAGCGUUGCAUUAAGCAUUAAAAUGUGCAUGUCUCUCUCAUUCUCUUCCUUUCCUUACAGACUCUUCAUUCUCAGUCUUCUCGUGUGUAUCCACACAUUACUCGCUGAAUCCAAUGUCGACAAGACAUACAUGCUUCAUUUACGUUGGCUUCCAACACACUGUCUCAACAGAUAUUGUACUGUCCCGAAGAAUACAACUAUGGAUAUUUCGAGAUUGAGAACAUCACCUCACUUCAACUGGACUGAUUUCGCAUGCACAAGUCGUCUAAACUUCUCCGACAAGGAUAUUAGUAAAAUACCUGAUCUGAAUACUUAUUGGACUAAUCCAACUCAUGGACCUUUUGCACACUCCGGGGUUUACUAUACUUAUGGAUUUUGUGCAGUUAUGGAUGAAUCUGGAUCCAGUUUAACUCUCUACCUCAAUCACAGCAUUAAUCUCUACAAAAAACUCAUGACGCCAAAAAACGUUAAAAAGCUCCAUAGAUUAUUACAGAAGAAGGUUCACUCGACUGCAAAAGUGGAAAACAAACUGUUGAAAAUAUUCGGUGUACAACCCAAGUUGAUCUGUGCACGGAGUAAGGUUGGGAGUGUUUACUUACACGAAUUGGUAUUCUGUUUCAAUGAAGCAUCAUCACUCGUCAACUGUCCAUCAGAAUACGCUAGCCAUCUAGAGAAAUUUAAACCUGAUGAGUAUGUGAAAGAUAAGAAAAUACUUCGUGGGCAAAUUGAGUCUCAAAUCUUGUGUCCAGCCAAGUUCAUCAUUCCUGAUUACAAAAUACUUGGAGAUGCCAAAGAUGAGUAGUAUUGAACUUUUGUUACUCUAUCAAUAUGGGAAUCAUAUUGAUGAUGAUAAUGUACCACUUGCUUUUCAUUUGAUGUACUCACUUCUUGUAAUGUAGUCUCUAACAAAUAAAAUACAUCUUACUUUUCAA